CGGAUGUGGAACAAAAGCUGACCGAAGAGCUGGAGACCGAGCAGGAGAGCUGCUGCAUGUGAGCCCCUUACAGCAGGGUUAGAAUCCCACCAGACCGAGAGCGGAGGAGAGAAACUCCCGGGAGGCGGAUGAAGAAACUGCUUUUGCUUCGCUUCACUUACAGAGGACUCGUGAGAAAAGGGAAAAAGAGUAAAAGAAGAAAAUGGCCAAUUUUAUAUUGCGAAAAGCGGAGCCCAAAGACGUGCCUGACAUACUGCGACUCAUAAAGGACCUGGCCAGAUACGAGGAAAUGGAAGAUCAAGUAAAACUGACUGAGAAAGAUCUGCUGGAGGAUGGAUUUGGAGAUCACCCGUUCUACCACUGUGUCGUGGCAGAAGUCCCAGCUGAGCUCCAGAAAGUCGAGGGUUUUUCUGUGAUUGGUUUUGCCAUGUACUAUUUCACCUAUGACCCAUGGAUUGGAAAGCUGCUCUAUCUUGAGGACUUCUUCGUGAUGAAAGAAUACAGAGGUUUUGGAAUUGGUUCUGAAAUCCUGAAAACUCUCAGUGAAACGGCUGUAAAGACUCGCUGCAGUAGCAUGCACUUCAUUGUGGCUGAGUCUAACCAAGCCUCCAUCAACUUCUACAAGCGGCGCGGGGCCUCAGACCUCUCUCUGGAGGAGGGCUGGCGUCUCUUCAGGAUCGACAAGCAGAAUCUGCUUAAGCUGUCUGCCGAAGAGUGAGGUGGCCCAGAGCACCGGAGUUUAUGGAGGGGCUGAGGGGCCCGGAAACCUCUUUCUUUUCAUUUACAUCCAGCAUUCACCAAACUAAUGACCAACUACAUGACAAUAACAUAAUUAUAGGUAGCCCUUUGAGUUUCUCCUAUAUAAUUUUAGUUUAUUAUGUAGUGCUUUGUAAUUGUCUGCUUAAUUAAUGUAACCAGUUUGCAGCUGAUUUUAGUAUAUUUUAAACAUAUUAAAAAAGGUUAUGCAA